AUGGAUAAUAUUGACUCCUCUUGCAUUUGCGGUAUUUGCAGUAGACGUUUAUUUGAUGCUAAUGCUCUAUACUGUUCAAGUGAUUGUGCUAAUAAAGAUUCUUCCACUUCAUCAAAUUCAAUGAAACAACCUUUCCAAUCUAAUCUUAUGCCUUCCUCACCACCAAGUAACUUGAGAUUUUCCAUCGCAAUCACUCCAAAUAUUUAUCACGCUUCUGAAAAUAAUAAUUCCAAUGUUUUCUCCAAUCCUGCUUCCCUCUCUUCGUCUUUUUCUGAUUCUGAUUAUUCCGAAUAUUCAACCUCCUCCUUCACUUCUAUUUACAAUUUUGACAGUGACUACAAAGGUUUUAGGGGUUAUAAUAGUUACAACGAUUUUAAUAGCGAAUAUAACUUAAAUUAUGAAUUCGAUGAUUACCAAAGUACCCAAAAUAUAAAAGAUGAUGAUGACUAUUAUCCUUCAAUCUAUUCAACUUCUGCCCCUAUUGAUAUUCCUCGCCCAAGAAACAAGGAUAAUGACAAUAAUGAACCUGUAAAUAAAGGGACGUUUGGCGAAAAAAGUAUCUUUUGA